AUGACCUUCUCCACCAGGAACGCUUAUUACCUACGUGUUUCAAACUACCGUGUCAUCCCACUCUUCCUCUACCUCGACGAGAGACAUGUCGAUUGGAUGACCGACCGAUAUCUUCAAUUAGUCAUAGCUGCCCUUCAAUCAAAAAUGCUUGAUUUACUUCAAUCAGCUAGGACGGAGAAGAAACAUAAAGUUUAUGUUGAACGUGGUGACGGUUAUCAAUAUUGUUAUUUUCUCCGUUCAACAACUCGAACAGAAGUUAUCCUUCUUAAAAAAAAAACAUUUUCUCUUCGAGCUCCAACUCCCGAACUUCCUCCACCCGUAACUCCUCAAAGACCUACCAAAUCUUCUAAACGAUCUCGAAGUAAGAAAACUAAAGACCGUUCUGAAACUCCUCUGAGUCUGUUUCAAGAUGUCCAAUCAUCUUCAGAUUCCACAAUAACAGAAACAAACAACACCAAUAAGGAUGAUGAAGAAGAAGAAGAAGAGGGAAACCAAAGCAAUAUAAAAGAUUGGAAACCUGAUGUUGAAGUUGAAUAUCAAGGUUUUGGUACUUCUUCGUUACAAUUAGUAUUAAUAAUUGAACCUUUUCCACCUUUACCUCCUUCUUCUUAUGCUCCACCUACUUCUCGAUUAUCUUCUAGAUCAUCAUCAAUCGUUUCAUCUUAUUCAAGAUCUCGUACGAAAGCUUCAAGAACUGCACAAAGUCAUAUUAGACAAUCCCCAUCUUUACCUCCAGAUACAAAUAUUGAACCAGAACGUAAUCUUCGUAAUGCUUCUCGAUCCGUUUCGGCCUUUCCUAAUAAUAGGAAUGCAUCUUUGACACCUUUGAGAGAAUCUUCAAAGGAACCAUUUGGAAGACAAUCAUCAACACCUUUUGGGAAUGAACAAAUUUAUGAAAAUGUUCAAGGGAGAGAUGGAAGAACACCUUUGUUCAUUUCACGUGAUACUCCAUUUGAGGAUGAUGAAGAGGAUGAAGAGGAACAUGAAGCUUAUGAAGUUGCUUUGAGAGAAGGUAGAAUGAGAUUACCAAGUGUCAAUAGACCAGCUGGGAGUGAACCAGGGAAAGGGAAAGGGAAAGGGAAGAAAAGAUUAUAUGAAAGAUAUGAUGAGGAAGAAGAGGAGGAGGAAGACAUACCGGAUGGAAUGGAGAGAAUAGGGGAUAGGUUGAUGAGAAAUAGUAUGAUUGAACAAGAUGUUUUGAGAGUACAAGGUGGUUGGGAAGAAAUGUUAGAAGGGGAAGAAAGUGCAGUUUUAGGUAAAGAAGAACCUGGUGAUUAA